UCUGAGUGAACCUUUGAUUGGAGUAAUAGUGGAAACAUGAAAAAUGAGGCAUGUGCUGAAAGUGAUUCUAGUUCGGACGAUUCUUCAGAUACAGAUUCUUCAGGAGAUGAAGGAGAUUUUCCUCAAAAUCGACAAAAACGUGCUAUUGAAUGGUGUGGAGUUGACACAGAAAAUAACGAUUAUUACAGACCACCGCAACUUUUACCCGAACCACGACCGCCGUCUCGAAGAAAAGUAGUAUUAUGGCCACCGCCAUCUACCUCAUCCUCAGCAAGUCACAAUCAUUUCGGAAAUGCAAGAGAGGGAAAUCCUAAAUUGGGCGCAAAAAUGCAAUUGUUUUCCAAAACUGGCUAUCAUUUAGCUGUAUAUCCAGAUGGGAAAGUAAGGGGGACCCUCGACGAAAAUGAUAUCCACACAUAUCUAGAAAUAGUGUCUGCAGGAUAUCCAGGACACAUAAAGAUACGAGGAUUAUUGACAAAUCUGUAUAUAGCAAUGAAUAGAAAGGGACGGAUAUAUGGCGAUGCUGACCCGAUGGAAGAAUCAACAGUGUUUUUAGAAUCGUUCCGAGGAUUAUAUAAUGUGUACUUAUCCAGAAAAUAUGCUCACGUGGGGUGGUAUAUUGCAUUGAAAAAGAAUGGUAGGCCUAAAAGAGGACCUAAGACUGGCGUACGUCAGAAAGCAGUGCAAUUUCUGCCAAGAAGAUCAAAGUUUGAGUAGACAAAUGAAAUUUCUCUGUAUGAAUUUGCAUUUAUUAGUCCUAAUGUACCUCUCUAAACACAGGAACAUUGAAACCAUUUCCAGCAGAUGUAAUGCCACAAAUCAUAUUUAUUUUUUCACCAAAUACUAGUGGAAUUUCACCAGAGCAGAAGUUCCUGAGAGCAAUCCUCAUCAUGUCACCUUGAUGUAGCAUCGAGGAAAAGUGGACUGUAUUAGUUGCAUUAUUGCUCAGCCACUUUUUUAGGAACGAGGAAAUCAUGACAAUUUCUAUGUCAUGUGACAAACAUUUGGGUAUUACUAUUUUAUUGCUAUCUAAAUAUGGUGAAUCGAUUUCAUUGAAAAGAUAUCAAUUCAAUACAAUAAUAGUCAACGUCUUUCUUCAUGUUGCAUUUUUCAAGUGAUAUGCAAUUCUUGUAGUACUCGACAGUCUAUGUAUUAUUCUGUUUUAUAAUUAUAACCAACAGUAUUAUAAAUAAAUAAUCCAAUAUGAA